GUUGAAAACAGACACCCAGACACUCACACACUCACACACUCAAUGUUCUGCAUGGCAGGCUCGUCACAUUGAUAAUCGGUGCAGGUCAAAGGCAUUAUCCCAUUAAUCACUCAUUGCCCCUGUCUACUUACUUUGGCGCACUUGCACUUACAAUAUUGGGUGAGAUAUCUUGCGCGCACACUUCAGAUCCCACGUCUGAUGCUGUAGAGCCAUGCUGAGGUUGAUCUCGCUAUGAAUCCCUUUCAAUGCCACGUCUUGGACGAGGAGAAGAGACCUUCAUCAAGCCCGAAGCUACAAAAGAGCUAAGAACAGAGAAAUAUGAAAACGAACAUCGGUAUAGUAUAUGGAUAGAAUCCUAGGAGUAUCUGGUUGGAGUUUGACGUCCAGGCUACUUACUUAGGUAGCCAUCAGCUGGAGGCCGAGGCUCCCCACCAUCUAGGGACUGGGUUAGCUGGACCACAGGCGCUUGGCCGGAGGAUCCAGGCUCUUCGAACCGCCCCUGGCCUUUCGUAAGGGGUUUUGGGCGUCCCCCGGAGCCCCGGGUCCCUACUUAGGUCAUAUGGCACCUCGCAGUGGGUUCAUUAAGCCUUCCAACACAUCCAUACGAUCCAUCCAUACUUACAAUGAGUCGCUCACUCGUGCCAGCUUGAUAUCUCCCACCCCGUCAGUCGAAGCAGACGACGAGCGAGACUCGUCGUGGGACGACUCACUCUACGACAUGGACGACAUGGACGAUGCAGCCGAUGCAACAAGGUUCGCUGACGAGGAUACCCGCCCUACAAGUCAGAAGGAGCUAUGGGGCUGGUACUCCUAUGGCUGGGCUGCAGAGGUCUUUGCCAUCUGCGCAAUGGGCUCCUUCUUGCCCAUCACCCUAGAACAACUAGCCCGAGACAAUGGAGUAUUGCUGGAGAAUAAAAACAUCUCGUGUCAGGCUGGGUCUGCUUCACGGCCAAAUCCAAUUCCCCCAAAUGCUCCCAAACACAGACACAAUGAGUUGCCUUCUUGUGUCAUUGACAUCUUUGGAUCCGAGAUCAAUACUGCAAGCUUUGCCAUGUACACAUUCUCCAUCAGUGUCCUCAUUCAAGCCCUCCUCAUCAUCUCCAUGUCGGGCGCUGCCGACCACGGCCGUUUCCGGAAAACGUUCCUCCUUGCAUUUGCUUUCACUGGUUCGAUCGCGACAAUGCUGUUUCUCGGCGUCAUAUCAAAAUUAUACCUUAUUGGUGCCCUGCUGGCCAUCAUUGCAAACACCUGCUUCGGCGCCUCAUUUGUACUGCUCAACUCGUUCCUGCCUUUACUCGUCAGGCAUCAUCCAUCCAUUCAGCAGAGCAGACGCGGCAACCAUAGUGUCGCGGAUGAUGGACAGUAUGAGGAGGAACAAGGAGACGAAUCGGAUCAUCCUAAUGAGCGAAACCUCAACUCGACCUCUGAGCUUUUGCCUCAAGACCGGCCAGAUGAAACUUCGCCCUCGACUGAAUCGCCCGCGGCAAUCUCUCCCGAGCUCCAGCUAUCGACCAGUAUAUCUUCCAACGGGAUUGGAAUAGGGUAUAUUGCAGGGCUACUGGUCCAGACCCUGGCCAUUCUUCUGGUCGUUGCGACUGGCUCUACAACCUUUUCACUACGGCUUGUGCUUACGGUGGUCGGAUUGUGGUGGUUUGCAUUCACCAUUCCUGCUGCCCUCUGGCUACGACCACGCCCAGGGCCACCUCUCCCCUCAUCUCUGAAAGGUCACCGCGCUUGGGUAGCAUACGUCAUCUACGCCUGGAAGUCAUUGUUCAAGACCAUCGGGCAUGCAAGGAGGUUGAAGGAUAUUGUCAUCUUUUUGGCCGCCUGGUUUCUGUUGAGCGAUAGCAUCGCCACGGUGAGCGGAACCGCUGUGCUGUUUGCAAAGACGAGUCUUGGUAUGAAAACCGAAGCCCUGGGUCUAAUUAACGUGAUUGCGACGAUUGCAGGGGUUAUUGGCGCAUUCUAUUGGAGCUACUUUUCUCGUAUGCUCAAUCUACGUGCUUCUCAGACCAUCGUUGCCUGCAUUUGCCUCUUUGAGGUGAUUCCCUUGUAUGGUAUGCUUGGGUUCAUCCCUGCAAUCAAACGGUACGGAGUCUUUGGGCUGCAACAACCUUGGGAAAUGUACCCUCUUGGGGUGAUAUACGGCUUUGUUCUCGGAGGUCUUUCGUCGUACUGCCGAGCAUUCUUUGGCGAACUGAUUCCCCCAGGAUUUGAGGCGGCAUUCUAUGCGCUUUAUGCUAUCACAGACAAGGGGUCGAGCGUUUUUGGCCCAGCCAUUGUUGGUGCAAUAACAGAUCGAUAUGGCGAGAUUCGACCAGCAUUCGUCUUUCUGGCUGUUUUGAUAUUCCUACCCUUGCCGUUGAUGUUGAUGGUUGAUGUUGACCGUGGAAAAGCGGAUGCUCAGAUCAUGGCAUUGGAGUUAGAAGGGCAGCGCAAGGGAGGAGAGAGAUAUACUCCAAUUCCGACAAUUGUUCUCUCGGAAGAGGAAGAUUGAUGCCCUAGGCUUGGAAGUCGCCUCAGAAACUACGCAGGCUUGGGCCUGUUAUUAGGCAGACAUCAACUACACAAACAUACACUCAAUGAUGUGAGC